UUAGUGACUCGACGCCGGUCAGAGCACCGCGACGCUCAGAUCAGCUGUUGACGCUCGACUCCACCUGUGUACCUUGUAAGGUACAGGACGGUCAGUGACGUCAUACCUCGUAGAACCAGCUGAUUGUAGUUGUGUAAUUGUAAAUCGUUAAGAUGAAAUCCACUCGGAUCAGUUGAUCUUCAGUGAUGGUCUUGUGCGGUUUUGUGUUUUGAGUGACUGUUGGACAUUGGAUACUCGAUUAGUCGGUACGGGCGUGAUUUUCGCGUCUUUUACAGAUAUUGACCGUGUGCGGAGUGCAGUGCAGUGCAGUGAGUUAGUUAUGUUGCAGAGUUUGAACACGUUGGCUGGCAAAAUAUCGCCCAACAGCCCAACCCAGGGUGGCCAACAUCCGACAACCGACAACAACGCGAACAAGCUGCACCACCUCAACAACAACACACACCCUUACAGCAAGUCGUCGCCCAACAACACUGACAAGCCGAUUUUGCGACACGCGGUUAAGGGAAGUAUGAACAUGAACAAUGACCAGCCUGACCCUGACUUCAUCAAGAUGUUCGUGGGGCAGAUCCCGCACACCAUGGACGAAAACGACCUCACGAAGAUGUUCUCAGAGUUCGGCAGAGUUCACCAGAUCAACGUCCUACGAGACAAGAUCACCGGCAGAAGUAAAGGAUGCUGUUUCGUCACGUUUUUUACGAGAAAAGCCGCCCUCGAAGCUCAAAACGCCCUCCAUAAUAUUAAAACGUUACCUGGGAUGCAUCAUCCUAUCCAGAUGAAACCAGCCGAUAGUGAAAACAGAAAUGAACGGAAGCUGUUCGUGGGGAUGCUGGCUAAGAGAUGUACGGAGUUGGACGUAAGAGGAAUGUUUGAGACGUUCGGACACAUAGAAGAGUGUACGGUGCUGAGGGACGCCAAUGGCCAGAGUAAAGGUUGUGCGUUUGUCACUUAUAUGACCAGGCAGUGUGCGCUCAACGCUAUUAAGGCCAUGCACCAUUCUAUCACCAUGGAGGGCUGCACUUCAUCUCUGGUCGUAAAAUUCGCUGACACUCCAAAGGAAAAGGACCAAAAAAGAUAUCAGCAGCUGCAGUCGGAUCUGUGGGCUGGGUUGAACGCCUUACCUUCCUACGUAACCAUGGGUCAGCCAAUAGGGACUGAUUCCCAGUCGUACAUCACUGCGUCACAGCUCCAGCUGCUGUCUCAGCUACAGAACGGCAGCCAGAACAGUCUCGGCACACAACUGCUGCUGCAGAACUCCGCCCUGCCUAACCUCUCAGCGCUGAACAGCUCAACAGCAAGCCUGGGAGAAAUCAAUCCUGCCAACCUCCAAGGCUUGGCCUCCUUAGCUAAUUUCCCUGCUAUUAACCCGAUAAACAUGCAGAAUCUGGUCACACUGGCGGCAAUCACUGCGGCAAACUCACCAACAGGGUCCAGCACAUCUAGUCUCAGUAGUCCAGCACAUUCAAGUUUAACUGGUUCAGCUACUGCAGCAGCUGCUUUGUUGGGGAAAGCCACAACACCUGCCACUGGAUCCACCACCUUGAAUGCCUUGAACUCUCCAUUAAAUGGACUCACCUCUGCAGCAUUAAGUGUGCCUGACGCCUAUUCACAUUUCACAAACAACUCCGCCAAGCACUAUCAUCAAAAGCAGCCACAGGGGCCCGACGGUGCUAAUCUGUUCAUCUACCAUCUCCCCGCCGACUUUGACGACACCAUGCUCGCUAAGACGUUUACCCCUUUUGGCAACGUCAUAUCUGCCAAAGUAUACAUCGACAAAGAGACAAAUAUGACCAAAUGUUUCGGUUUCGUCUCGUACGACAACAUUCUGAGCGCACAACUAGCCAUUCAGAACCUCAACGGGUACCACGUCGGGGGCAAGAAACUCAAAGUGGAGAUCAAGCGCAAGAAAGGACAAUCAAUCUCUAAGCCGUACUAACCACUUGUUCCUACCUGCAGAGAGUUCACCUUAUAAUUUAGUGUUUUGUUUGAUUAGUCGUUCAUUAUUAUUUUGUGGUUUAUUUUUGUCUUCACGCUAGAAGUCUUACGGGUUGGAACCCGAUUUUUGUUUUCUUCUUUAUCGUUUUCUUUUGAUUAUACCAAAUAGAUGAAGAAUCAAGUCUGAUAUAUGGUCAUGUUUAUUUAUUGCUAGUUACGUCGGUUUAGUUGUUUUAUUUUGUUACCAGUGUGUUGUUAAAGUGCCGGUCCAGUGCCACGCACCGAGUAGUGUUUUUAUCGCCUCUGUACAAACGCCCGAUCCACAGAUGCUGACUGAUCUUUUAUGGACCAAUUAGAGACAUUCGACGGAUUGGAUAGUAAAUCGUUGUUGUUGAAAAUUUUGGAAAACAGUGAUUUAUAGUUAAAUUAUGUGACUGUUUUACGUCGUGUGUUCGGACAAAUUUGUUAGUUUUGUUUUAGCCACCCCAGUGAAGUGAUUAGAUACGUCGUAGCUGUUUUAUCGUAAAAUCAAGAUUAGUAUAUCGGAACCACCUUUGGCCUUUCAUAAACGGUUUGGAGUCGUUCGUUCAUAUCAAAAUAGUCAAAUUACGAAUGUACAAAUAAAAUUUGUACGACUUAGAUGAGGCUGCGAUGUUUAGUUUUUAUGUAGUCGGUUCUAAUAUGUUUUAGAAGGUUUAGAUUUUUCUGGCAAUACUCGAAAAUUGUUUAUUAUUGAGCUUGAAUGUUGUAUUCGAUGCGUAAUAUCGCGGUUUUAAUUAUUUGAGAGUGUUUUAGUUUAUUUAAAGUUUCUUUUUGUAACAUGUGUAUGUAAUUUUUGUGUUUCAUUAGUGUUAUAAGUCAGUGGACGUUUUUUUGUUGUGUUUAUUUUUAUUGUGUCAGAAAGAUCUAAACCCUUUUGCGUAGUUAUUGAGUAGUCAUUAUGGGGAAUUUAUGCAAUUUAUUGAGUUGCAAACUUUAGUGCCAUGUAUUUGUUAUUACAUAUAUGGCUUUUCUAUAAGUUACUCAUAUUCCUUUCUGUAAAACAUAUUCCAGUUUGUAUUUUUUCUUUGCCGCAUAGUGAACAUCACUUCAAAGGAAUUGAAAGUUAAGGUUUUUGUUGUUAGAAGAGUGCGGAAAGCCUUAUUAAUUAAGACCAUGUGUUACUUUAUUAUACAUUAUUAUUUAUUAUUAUCACUAAGUGUUAUCUUUGAUGUAGCUUCAUAAGGCUCUUAUCACAAGCUAUUUCAUGGUGAACGUGGUUAUUGUAUAGCCAAUGGUUACUGUAAACUGAUCAUCAAGUUAUCCUGUUUUUUUUUUAAGGUUUUAGUACUUAAUUUUAUCCAAACAUCCUAAUUUAUAGAAAUAAUUUUAUAUGUAAACUAAUUGUCAGCUAUUUUGUUCUUCUAAGGUUUUAGUACUCCAUUUUAUCCAAACAAUCUAAUUUAUAGAAAUCUUACAUGAAAUAAUGUUAUGCUAUUGGAUAGCUUGUAUUUAAUAAUUUAUUGUUUAGCGCUUAUUGAAUUCUUUAAUUCAAAAUCAAUGUGUUUCUUAUUAAUGUCAAUGUAUAAUGUUUUCCAGUGAAUCAUAAGUUUAUAUUUUAUUUGUGACAGUAAUGUUAUUGUUUAUGUUUGUUGGAGAUUAAUUGUUUUAUUUAUGUUUCGCUGCAUUCAAAUUAAUUGAAUAAAACCACUGAAGCACUAAAAACGUUUUAAAAUUGAGUGAAACAUUUUAUAAAAACACUUUUACAACACUAAUAUACAUUCAAUUUGUUUAACUUGCAUUUUGCAUUUUAUAAUAUAAUUUUAUCUAUUGUAUGUUCGCCAGCAGUCAUUAAUUGUAAUUCAAUUUAUUUCUGAAUGCUGGGUCAGUUAAAUGAUCUGCUAUUUUUUAUUGAAUUUAAAACAUAUUAUUUUUUUCAAAAUGGUCUACUACAAAUUUACUAAAGCUUAUGUUGUAUUUGAUGUCAACAAACGUUCUUUUCAUAUAAAAAAGUCAAAGGUUGUCGAAUCGUAUCACAUUUUUCAUGUUUUUACUAUUUCAUAAAAAAUUAACAAACCAAUAAAAAAUGUUAUCCUACAUGCUACACGUUCACAUCCAAUACUUGUGCUAAAAAGCUACAAUCUAGUGUAAGAAAUAUAUAUAUUGUUUUAUGUGUUACAAUCGUUGUGUUAUUCAUCUUAAUUGUGGGCGACAAUAUUCAACCCUAAACCAAAGAUUAUGUUGAAGCUGUAACUAUGGAUCGAUUAGUUGUUGUGAAAUUUUUGUUGACCUUGUGAAAAUACAUGUUCCUACGUAACCUUUUGUCAAAAAACUCUUCAUGGUGACCUCUUUUACCGGUGUGAAUUUUUCGUUGUAAAAUUUCCAUCCCAGUUUGUAAAUCGUUACAAAAGGUUACAAUGAUCUCACUGAGCGUGUCGUAAGUCCAUAGUUGCGACCUGAAGCUUCUCAUGAGCCUUACAGUACAAUCACCCAACCACUGUAGUCGCUUAGCUUCAGUUACGAUGUCCGUGUUCGCCAGUUGCAACUUGCGUGUUAUUGUUAAUUGUACUGUAGGCUGUUUCAUUUGUACUUAACCUUAUUUUCCUUGUGUCAAAGUACUUAGAAGCGGUUCUGUUGUCAUGUUAAAGAUGAAUUACUAUUGAAUAAAAGAACUUUAUGACUUUUUCGAUACAAUGUAAAGUCUUAGAUUGAAUAAAUACAUAUUUUGGAGAGAAAAACAGA